UCAAUCGGUUCCCCCGUGCUCUUUUGUUAUCUUCUCCGCCUGCUCCGCCCUCCGAAUUCGUGCCGAAAGCUCCCCGAAGUUUCCGCAAAUCCAACCUCAUCCCCUUCGAGAGUCCCUUCUCUUCCUUCCCUUCACCAAAAACCAAAAGAAAAAGAGAAAUUUUUUUAACAAAUUAGUCCCUUUGAUCCAGAAAAGGAGCGGUUUUGAUCGAGCAGCAUGCGGUGGGUGUCGUCUUUCUCCAACUAUUUUAGCAGCGUCAGGAAGUGCGUUCGUUUCCGUGUUAUCGUGUGAAUUAGUUUAGGGUUUGAUCUUUGUCAACUGUUCUUUAGCCUAAGUUACAUUUAUUUCGAGGAAAGUGGGGAUGUACAUUGCUGUGCAGAGAGUAGGCGAAAACAUAAUGAAUGUUAGAAUCAUCGCAUAUAACCAAUUGAUGCAAGUUUGCCAGGCUGAGUAUUUCCGUCAGUUGCUUAAGCCUGUUACGUAGGUUGAAUCAUAGUUCAGCGUUAAGAAAGAUAGCUUCUCUUUUUCGUGUCUUUGAGCAUAAGAAGGUAAUUGGGUUUCGGUAGUGAAAUUAGGAGGAUGGCCAACUUCGGGAUAGAUAAUUAAUCUCCAUUCUGCGUGUCAUAAUCUCAUAAUUGCAAGAUUCUCUUGACAGCCUAUACUUCAAAUUUAAGCUUAGGGAUUGCUUGGGGUUUAUGAUAUAUAAUUUAAGUGUUGGCCUACGCAACACCAAUAGCCUGUCCCCUGUUUGGGCACUCUGUUAAGAACUCGACAAGCAGAGCAGAGCGUUAGGGACCUAUGCCGAGUGACUGGAUGUACUUAAGGGGGAACGGAUCUCAGUCUCAUGGGUAUCAAGUGGGUGGUUAUAACCAUCUGGGAGAUGGUGGUAAUUAUGGUGCCUAUGCUGCACCUUCCUUUCUUCCCGAUGUACCAGUGGCGAACCGAGAUUUUCCUGGUCCACUUAUGAACGGAUUUGAGUUCCAACCCAUGGAAACCUGCCCCAAGAAUUUCAUCAUCUUUGACCAGACAGAUAACAAAAGCCGGGUCAUGUUUCACCCUGCAUUGGCCCAUAAUUUCUCUUACCCGAGCUUUGACAUCCAUCCUUCAUUUCCACAUGAGAUUGGCAAAAACCUGGAUAGUGCUAUUGACAACCAGGGUAAACUCUCCUCUUCAAUGAAAGAAGAUACAGAAGAGAUCGAUGCGUUGCUGUGCUCUGAAGAGGAAGAAGAAGAAGAUGAUGAUGUGAUAAGCACCGGUCACACUCCAUGCAACUGGAGAGGCAGUCCGCAAUACUCUUUAUCCUCGACAAUGAGAUCAACAUCUCAGAAAACAAUUUUCCCUUCUUCGGCUCAGGGUUCAUUCUCGAGCAGUGCCAACAGUAGCGGAAGGAAGAGAGAGAGAAUGAAGAAGAUGGUCAAGGCUCUCAGGCAAAUCAUACCUGGCGGUGAACAGUUAGACACUCCUGCCGUUCUCGAUGAAGCUGUCAGAUACUUGAAAUCUCUCAAAGUGGAGGCAAAGAAGCUUGGGAUUCAAAAUCUCGAGGAGUAAAGCAUUGUUGCCAACUGUUUCCUCAACAUAUGAUCUUCGAUGGGGAAUGACUAAAGGUACUAAAGUGAAUUCUUCUCGUAACACAAACCUUUCGUACUUAUUAUAUGUGUUAUAAUAGCUCAUGCUGUGUGCUUCCCAUAAACCAUUGCUACUUCAUGCUUCAUGAUUAGAUCAUGGGGAUGAUGUUGGCGUGUUCCCUAUUAAAAGAGUAGAAAAACCAGGCUCUGCUUUUAUACUUUGUUGUUUGCUGGUGGGCCUUUGGUGUGUAGCUUCUCUUCAGAACUGUGUUAAUUUUUUUCUUCCUUUCUUUGUAAGUUGGUGUGAUAUUAUUAAUCUAUCGAAUCCUUUGUGAUGUUCGACAUUUCA